AUGAUCAUUCAGAGACAGUUUCAUGCCACAUCCAUGGCUUCCGACAAGGGUGACGAGUUCUACCAAAAAGCAAUGGAACUAAUCGAGAAAUCUAGGCGUGAUGAAGACCAAAGAGAACAGGAACGUUCCAAGAAAAUGUACGAAGCCUGGCAAAAGUCCGAAGAAGCAAGUCGAACUCCAAAAUCACAAGGUGUCGCCGUGGUCAAGACUCUAGUAAAAGAGACUCGCAAAGCCAAAAAGGCCACACCCGAAGAUCUCAAGGAACAGGCCUUGGAUCUACUGGAACAAGCUGCAACAGAACAUCAACAUCCAAUGGCUCUGGUACAACUUGGAAAUUUGAGGCUCCAAAAGGCUGGCAAAGAGGAAAGUGAGGAUGCUGCAGAAGCUUUGGUCCAGCAAGCGGCAGACAUGUUUCGGCUAGCGGGAGAAGGUGGAUCUCGAGUGGGAUGGUACAAUCUAGGCAACUUGUAUUGGACUGGUUAUCCUGUGGCCGACGACGAGUAUGACUUGGAUGAAGUAGAUGAAACGGAAGAUGGUGAUCUACCUCCCGACAGAACGUCCGAGAAAAUAUUCAAACCUGACUUGCACGAAGCCAUGGAAGCCUUUAUGAACGCCAUUGAUUUGGGGGACACCGAUGCCAUGUAUUUGGUGGGAGUACAUCGAAUGACAUCGGGUGGUCGAGAAAACAUAUAUUCGGGCUUGAACAUGGUACAAAAAGCAGCUGAUGAAGGGCAUGCUGGCGCCUUGUAUUAUCUUGCGCUACUCAACCUCAAUGGUGAACCGAAUAUUGGAUUAGAACCUUGCUCUUUGGAAACCUUUGUGGAACUUUUGGACAAGGCGGUUGAGGCUGGAAGCACAGAUGCAAUGUUCACUCGUGGUCAUUCCUUCUUUCAUGGAUCCGAAGGGUAUCCGGAAGAUCGCAAGCGCGCUCUAGAGGAUUUCAUUGUAGCAGCUGAGAGUGGACAUGCUGAUUCGGCAGUAUCCGCGGGUGCCAUCCUUCACGGCGGAAUUGGUGUACCCAAGGAUCAGAAGCGUGCCUUUGAUCUGUACCAAAUGGCUGGUGAGCUGGGAAGUAAAGAAGGUUGGCAGAAUGUAGUUGCUUGCUAUUCCACAGGAGAAGGAGUUGCACAGUCAACAAAAAUGGCAGAAUACAUUAAAGAUACAAUGCUAAAGGAUAUAUAA